AUGGUGGCUUAUCUUAUUUUCAUAAUCUGGGCUAACAUUUAUGAACGACGCUGUUCAUUGAACUCUUUCCCUAUUGGUGAAAAUGCAAAAAAUUAUUAUAAUGCUUCACAAGAUGCUAUAUCCCUAUUUGCGGUCAGUUUUCUUAAUAUAUCUUCCAUUAUCACCCUUCUCUACAUAGCUUCUCGGAAAAUCCUACCAUUAUUCAAUUAUUAUAGCUUCGUCUCUUAA